AUGGAGCACCCCGACAUCGUCAGUAAUGACUCCGAUGGCUCGGGCUCCUCGGAUGAGUUCCCCCCUCAAUAUCCCAUCAGGGCCAACUCAUCCUUCGCAGAUGGUCUUGACGGACAGGUCCAGACACCUGCCACGACCAUCACCUCGUCCCCUCCCUCAGCUCAUUCCCCCUCUCUCGCUUCAUGGCCCAGUUCCGUGACGACGCGCCCGCGCGGGGCUAGUGUUGGAGCUAAUGCUAUCCUCGACAAAUCCGAUGGUCUGGCAAUGUCUGGCGACCUGCGAGGACAACGUCCUUCUGCGCCCGCGAGAACACCUUCAAACACCUAUGCUCCUCAACGCCGACCGCCACAAUAUAUCAGCCUUCAACAGAGUGACCGCCAGCGCUCACAAUCUGCCAAACGAGGCACCCGACGUGACCCGAAUGCCCAGUAUCGAGCCCAAGAGAAGGCCUAUGUGCAACGUAUCCGCGCCAAUCCGCAAGCCUGGUAUCACCUCCCCGACGACGCCUCGCCGAACGCUAUGUCGUUUGGAGAUGCGGAUCUCGAGGAACCUUCUCCCUCAUCCGAGGCACCCUUUGACGACGACCCUUAUGACCCCGAUACCCAACUCUUUCUCCCCAACGACAACAUCCCAACACCCGAAGAACUUCGCAACCCCAAGAACCAGGAGCGACUUGAAUGGCAUUCGAUGUUAGCGUCGGUUCUGAAGGGUGAUGUCGUCAAGCAGGAGAAACAGCGACUUCUUGGAUCAACGGAAUCAAAGCGAUCGGCGGCUUUGAGUCAAGCUCUUUGGAUCGGUGUAAAAGCGCGUACUUGUGGACGAAGUAUCGCCCUACAACAAAAGAUCAUUGAAGAUGCCCGCCGCGAGCUGGGGCCGAUUAUUGAGGGUAUCAUUACCUUCCAAAUUAAAGGAGAAACAGAAAUCGGAAAAGCGCCCAGACAGCAAGUUGAAGAUAUCGUUCGAAAGGUCGAGCACUGUGAGGCCUUGUUCUCUUCACAUAAAGAGAUGGAACUUGCCAAUACGCGCGCGGCCUCGGAGGAGUUUUACGCUAGUCGCGAAGCAAUCUUUGCAUGGCAUAAUAUCACGGCUCUCAUUAAUACCGAAUUGGCUGUGUUGCAAAAAUGGGUCGGAAACGAUGGUCUCGAUUUCAGUCAGCCUAGAGGAAAGGCUGAUGGCAGAGAUUUAUCUGAUGACUCUUCUUUCCUGGAUCGUAUCAUGAAAGAAGAUGGAUUGAAAACACUGCAAGGUGAUCAGAACAUGCUCGUGGGCCUUGGAGAGGUCAUUCAAAAAGCUAAGAGCACUUUGAUCGAAAACGCCGAAGCCUUCGCAACCCGACAUCUCCCACCUUAUAUUGAAGAACUCCUCACCUUAAUCAACUUCCCCUCGCGCCUUAUUCAAGAGAUCAUUCGUGUCCGUCUGUCAUACGCCAAAAACAUGAAAGACCCAGCCCAGCAGUCACCAAUUUUGGUGGACCAGAUGAUUACUCAAUUUCAGAUUUUGAUGAGAGUGGCCGUUGACAUUAAGCAGCGUUACCUUGCUAUUUCAAUGCCCCAGCCGGGCUGGGACCUGCCACCUUGUGUCGAUGAAAACUUCGACUCGGUGGUUCUUGAUGCUAUGAAGUAUUAUUUCCGCUUGUUGAAUUGGAAACUCAAUGCCAACAAGAACACAUUCAAAGAAGCUGAAAUUCUAGAACAAGAGUGGGGAUAUUCAUACGAUAUCGGUCGACAACUAGACAGCGGUGAUAUCGAGGUGGCCGAACAAUUUAGUGCUUUGACUGCCAAAUCACUUCAACGAUUAAUGAUCCAUUUUGAGCGCGAGCUUGUCCCACGACCUAAUGAAACUGUCGCCGACAUGGAUAAACGCUACAAGAGCAUAUUGGACUCUACUCGUAUUCGCCAAAGAAAGCUUUAUCGUUUCUCAAGAUUUUUGUGUCAGCUGUUUGAAAAUGCUACCGAGUACAAUAUUACAACCAAUAUAGCGUACGAAUUUUUUGAGGCGCUACUCAUUUCCGACCAUUUUCUCGUUACUUCUCCAAAUUCAGUUGGUCAAAGGGGUGUCUAUUUGAUUGCGCACCAUUCAUUGUGGAAUCGACCCGAAGACAUCCAGGCCAUCCUUGCUACAUCUUUCCGAGGAGAUGGCAUUGCCAAAGAUAAUCCAAAUAUUCCAUACGUCCUGGUCAUUCGCCCGGAAAAGCCAGUUGCGUGGGCAGGCAAGGAGAUGCAGAUUGAUAUUCUCGCACAGCCCACUGAUGUCCGUCUAGGUAAGCUUCGGCUUGUUGUCGAGGGCAUGCAAGAGCGAUUGCAGAAUGCGAGAUUGGAGUUGACCCAUCUUACUGGAAUUCAAUUGGACAUGGCAAUUGAGCAACGUGCUAACCUUGGCCGCGUGAACGUGGAAUUGAACAAAAUCAAGAAAAUCUCUUUCAAACUGUCUAUGGCGAUCAUGGACAGUGUGGCCGUGAUUAAAGACCAGCUUCGACAGAAGACGUGGGAGAAUAAUGAGUUGAUUCAAGCUUGCUACGCCUUCACAACUGAGUUUGGAAAGCGUUCCUCCAACUACGUUGAUGCCAAUCGACGUGCUAUGAAUAGUGCUCGACUGGUGGAUUUAUCUCUGGACUGGGUCUCAUUCAUCUGCGAUGAAUGUGAUGCAGCUGAUCGGAAAACAUUCAAGUGGGCUGUUGCUGCGCUUGAAUUCGCAAUGGCAAUUACGUCUAGUCGCCAUCUUCUCUCCAUGGAUGAGGAACAAUUUGCUCGUCUUAGGUUGAAGGUGGCUGGUUGUAUGUCUCUGCUCAUCUCUCAUUUUGAUAUCAUGGGUGCUCGAUCGUCUCUUGCGGCUCAGGCCGAGAAGCAGCGAAUGGAGGAGCGAUCUGGUGCACGAAAACUUGCUGCCGGUCGCAUCUUAAGCGACGAAGAGGCAUCAAAGCUUGUCCGUGAAACAUGGUUCUCGCGUUUGACGGAGAUUGAAGACCGUAGGGUCGAGGAAGAUGCUAAGCGUCAAGCUCUGGGCAAAGUUCUCGAAGGAUCCAAUGAGGCGGACCGAUCUCUUACAGUUUUGUCAUCUUCGGCCACAAACGUCAACUUGCGCUGGCAACAAGGCCAGUUCAUUGGUGGUGGCACUUUUGGAUCUGUCUAUGUUGCAAUCAACUUGGACAGCAACUACCUGAUGGCCGUUAAGGAGAUUCGCUUGCAGGACCCCCAGCUGAUCCCGAAGAUCGCGCAACAAAUUCGUGAUGAAAUGGGUGUGCUUGAGGUGCUGGAUCAUCCAAACAUUGUCUCUUACCAUGGUAUCGAAGUGCACCGUGACAAGGUCUAUCUCUUCAUGGAGUAUUGUUCUGGUGGUUCACUUGCUAGUCUAUUGGAGCAUGGCCGUGUCGAAGACGAGACUGUGAUCAUGGUUUAUGCCCUUCAACUUCUAGAAGGUCUAGCCUACCUACAUCAAGCAAACAUUGUCCAUCGGGACAUCAAGCCCGAGAACAUCUUGCUCGACCACAACGGUAUCAUCAAAUACGUGGAUUUCGGUGCAGCUAAAAUCAUUGCUCGAUCCGGCCGCACUGUCGCUCCGAUGGACGGACCAAAUGGCGCCAAGGAUGGUCUCAUUGGAAAGGAUCCCCAGAUCGCCAACCAACGCAAGAAUCAAAAGACCACUACCGGAACCCCCAUGUACAUGUCUCCAGAGGUAAUCCGUGGUGAUGCGCCUAGCUUGGACAAUCGCCAGGGUGCCGUGGAUAUCUGGUCUUUAGGCUGUGUGAUCCUCGAAAUGGCCACCGGUCGUCGUCCGUGGUCUACGUUGGACAACGAGUGGGCAAUCAUGUACAACAUUGCCCAGGGCAACCAGCCCGUACUUCCAGCGCGUGACCAGCUCAGUGACAUCGGUAUCGACUUCUUGCGACGCUGCUUCGAAUGCGAUCCUCUUCGUCGAUCUACAGCCGCCGAGCUUCUUCAACAUGAAUGGAUCGUCUCUAUUCGCCAACAAGUAGUAGUUGAGCCUGCUACUCCUGGCAGUGAGAAUGGCAGCUACAGCAGCAGCUCCGGCCCUGCCACUCGGCAGAAUUCGUACUCCUGA